AUGUCUACUACAUUGACUUCAUCACUCGAUACACUACCUGUUGAACUUAUUCAUCGAAUUUUCACUAAUCUUGAUGAACAAACAAUUAUUCUUUCACUUCGUUAUGUAUGUAAACGAUUGUAUAUGAUUGUAAAUGUUUACGAUUGUUAUAAACUUAAUUUUGAGUCAAUAUUAAAAUUUAACUUUGAUCGUAUUUGUCAAUUUAUUCAACCAACAAAUGUAAUUUCACUUACACUUUCUGAUCAACAUAUAACACCAGGUCAAAUUCAAUUAUUUUUUUCAUUAUUUCGUAUCGAACAUUUUACACGACUUAGUUCAUUAACACUUAUUGAUAUUGAAGAUCGUUAUUUGAAACAAAUUCUAAAACAUGUUAAAAAUUGUACACUUAUUUCAUUAUCAAUUAAACAGAAAGAUAUUUAUAAUCGUUCAAAAACAACUAAUCAUCUUCUUUCGACUAUUCUUAAACAACCUAGUCUUCAAAAAUUGACAAUAAAUGUACUAGAAGAUGGUACUGAUAUGUUAUGUUGGCCAAUGCAAUGUACAAUAUCACAUCUAACAUUAUUCGACUGUUAUUCAAAUCAUUUUUCGAUUAUUUUUCAUCACUCUUCUUGUUUACGAACAUUAUUUAUUGAUUAUUGUAAUUUAAUUGAUUAUGAUGAACCAAUUAUUAAAAUCACUAAUCUUGUACCGAUGCAACAAUUAAUUUCACUUACAAUGGAAAAUGCUAGUUUAGAUAUGGAUAAAAUUGAAAUAAUUCUUUCGAAUACACCGGCAUUAGUACAUCUUCGAUUGAUUGGUGAUAUAGAUCGAAUUGAUUUUCCAUGGGAAAAAUUUAUUCAAACAAAACUAUUGAAGUUAAAUAAAUUUGACUUUUUUUUAACUAAAAAAGUCGAUAUUGAUUAUCGUUCGAUCAAUAUUCGACGAUUGAUUACUUUAUUUCAAACAGUAUUCUGGCUUGAAAUCAAACAUUGGUUUGUUACAUGUGAACUUAUUCGACAUGUACCACGUGAUUUUCGACAUCUAGACGAUGAAAUACGACUCUAUUCGAUACCUCCUAUUGAUCGUCAUUUCGAAUAUCAUCCAGAUUCGAAUCGGAUUAUAUUUUCGACUUUAACUGAAAUGAAUAAUGAUACAACAAUGAUGGAUCAUAUACAUAGUGUUUAUUUAGAAACAAAAGAAAUAAUGGCUGCAACUACGAAAAAACAGAAUUCAACAUCUAUAACCCGACUGUUUCAUCAAGUAUCUGAUCUCAAUAUUCGAAUUGAUAGCACUUGGACAAUUGAUUGUGUUCAUCUGAUCUCGACACUCAUCGAUUUGUCACAAAUUAAAAAGCUUGAGUUGGUUGAUAAAUUUCCUCAAGAUUCUUCUCAAAUUAUGACAACAAACGUCUUAAAAAUAUUAGAACAAGCAUGCCAUGUUCGUUCACUCAUUAUUAUUAUUCCUUGGCUUGUUAUAACUGAUACUAAGAUUAUAAAUCAGUUAUGCUCCAUGAUUCCUAGUCAUAUUAAACAUCUGGAAAUUGAUGUUGGAUCAAUGAACCAUAUAAAAAUCAUACUCCAACGACUUGAUCAUUUGUCAAGUGUUGUAUUUCGAUAUAUCAAUGGUAAACCUACCUGGCAGACAACAAUUAUUGAAUGGCUUUCGGAUAGAAGAGAUUUAACAUAUUGUAAAGAAAGCUAUGAACUAUACAUAUGGCUUGGUACGGAAAAGAUGAAUAUGUCACAGCAACAUAGAACUGGUCGUAAACGUAUCAAACUAACUGAUCAUUAUACUGAUUCAUGA